AUGGCCCUCAGAGCCCUCAGUGCCGCCAUCGCCCUGAGCCACUCAACCCUCAGUGCCGCCAUCAAUGCCGCCCUCAGCACCCUCAGCACCACCGUCGCCCUCAGCCACCCAGCCCCCAUUGCCCUCGGUGGUGCCGCCAUCGCCGCUCCCCUUACACGUUUUAGUCCCGCCACUGCCCUCAGGGUCCCCGGUGCCGCCAUCACGCUCAGCCCCUCAGCGCUCCCAGCCUCCGCCACCCCCGCCAUCGCUCAAUCCCCUCAGUCCCGCCGUGCCCCUCAGCGCAGCCGCCCCCCCCCAGCCGCCACAGCCCCCGCAGGAGCUGCUCAGCCUCACCGUCUCUUCACGGGCUCCCCGCUGCCUUCGGCCCCGAUGUCCCGCUCAGCCUCGGUGCCAGCGGCGGCUCCGGCCGGGCCCGGCGGCUGCAGCUGCUGCUCGGCCCGGACCGGGAGCGGCCCCAGCGGCACCUCGGGGGGACUCGCCCCGCGGCCCCCCGCGCUCCUCGGGCCGAGCGGGGCCGAGCCCCGCGCUCGGCUCAGCGCCGGCGGCGGCGUCUGCGGCUGCUGCGGCGGCUCCGGCGGCUUCAGUAGAGUGAGAGUUGAGCUGGCAAUUUUGACACCAAACAUCUGUAAUCCGACAAUCCCGGCGUAUGUGUCCAGACCGCCCACAGCGAAAACAUUUGCCGGUUGA